AUUACUAGUGCAAGAUGUUAGUGAAGAAAUGUGAUUACAAUCUCACUUCUAUGUUUUAACUGGAGAUUAGGAGCUGAUCUUUUCUGCAGGUAAACAGGAUCUAAAUGGACAACAACCUAUUUGAUCAAUAUGCCACACGCAGGGUAGUAGAUGUUGAUCAAUAGUUGGAAGAUAGAUGCAGAAGCGGAGACCCUAAAGUCGGUUCAGGUAUACAAUUGGAUUUUGCUAAGUAUGAUGGAACUUUCUACCACCUAUUGUCAUCAGAUGGGGUUUUGCCUUGAACCAUCUCAAAGAAUUUCAAAAUUCAGCUUACCUUCACACGGAUCUCAUCACCCGACAUCUAUCCAACCUAUAACUGAGUACUGCUCAGCAAACCGCCAUUCCUUACAGCAUCAAGCCAAAUACAUUCAAAGUGUAGCUGGAGACCUUCAUUUUUCCAAAGAGGUGGUAAAGGACAGAGGCCUCUCCAGUCUACCCUAUGAAGAAUGGGAUUCACAAAGUAUCUACAACAUCUUAGAUAUUAUUCCACAAACAAAAGGCAAGAGGGGAUCAAGCACACAUCCAAACCACCACAAAAUAUAUAAUUUAAACCCUUCUGUACCUUCCAAAGAUAUAAAAUCAAAAAGCUGCCCUAUACUUGGGAAGAGUAUAUGGAAGACACAAGAAAAUGUACCAAGUCUCCUGGUAGAAAAAGCAAAAGCAUCUGAUGUAAGCGGACAGACUAAAGACGAGCUCAGGGAGAAGUUUAAACCAAGUCUUGCUUCUGAGUCAAACAAAUUAAAAUGUAGAAGCAAUGAAGUUCUUUUGAAGACUUUGACAAAAGCUAAAUCACAAUGUCUGUUGGCUCACACCACGGAACAUAAGGAACCCAAAGAAAGGUUUGAUCAGCAGUAUGGUCUGGAUAAGGCUACAGUGCUGAUAAGUGAGGACCAUUUGACUGAAGAAGACUUCAGGACAUGCAAUGAAUUAGAGAAGCGCAGGUUACAAAAUGUACACGUUGUUAUGCAAGAAAAAAAAACUGAAACCCUGCUUCCUGUUUAUUACAACCUACCUGGAUAUUUACCAUCACCAACAGAAAAGAAGGAGGUUGGUGGCAAAAACAAGACAGCAGAAACAUUGGUGGUCAAGCAUUAUGAAUUACCACCUCCACUGCGGCUACAAGACACAAUAAACCCAAAAGCAGGGAAAUAUGUCUAUUCCACUGAGAAUGAAUUUGAGAAAGAACUUUAUUCAGGGGCAAGUAAAAUUGUGCACCAGAAAGGUACAAAGCAGAGGGACUUCAUUUUAAUGGAGAACCACAAUAAAUAUAAAAAGAAUGUACAGCAAUCCUUGCCCAGAUCUUAUCAUGAAUGGGGCCUUGCAGAGGAAAAAACUGGUCAUACAUUGAGACCUGAAAAGGGUCCCCGUAGAUGGCUUGGCCUGCCAACAGCAGUUGUGGAUUAUGUUGGAAGGAAAACUCGGGAAACACCUAUAACUGUAAGAGACAAAGAGUCUAAGAAGAUACAGCUUGCUCAAUGGAAUGAGAAGCGAGUCCUCCACAAUAUUGUGUCUCAAUGGAAGAGUGCUUGGGUGAUAAGUGCCAUGUGGAAAGAGACCACCCUGGAGCAGCUUACAAGAGAUCUUGCUAGUGUCCACAAAGCCUCCAACGUCUCAGCUCUUGUGACAAUUGCUUCUUCUGCAGUUGCUGGACCUCUAGAUGAGAUCGAUCCCCAGGAAAUAACUGGCAAAAAAAUUGAUGGCCACAAAACACCACCCACUGUGCCAACGUUGCCGUCCGAGAUACAGAACCUUGUUUCCGAUGCUCUGCACAAUGAGGAUGACCUUGUGAGGACGGCAGCUGCACUGUGUCAGUUCUUUAUGCAAGAGUUCAGUGAAGAAGCCAGGAAGAUCAUGUUCACCGUCUUGGAGAAUGGCAAUGAUGCAGAUAGCUGGGCUGCGGCUCAGUGUCUGGCCCUGGAGGGCAAUCACAGUUACCUGGUAAUACAAAGGAUACUUACCCAGCUAUUUGAGGUGCUGGAUGAGGAAACAGAAAACCAGGCUUUGUAUCUGCUAAGCCUGCUCAGUCAGAAAACAAAUCUGAUUUAUUCGUUGCUGGGAGAAGCACUUAACAGAAGUAACUGGAAGGAUCGAAUUAUUGCAUGCAGAGCCCUCUCCCGUCUUCAUGGGGACAUCAGCCGGGACCUGAAGAAUAAACUAAGCCAUCUGAUGUGGAAUGACUGGAGUCCUGCUGUGCGUUGGGCAGCUGCCAAAGCACUGGGCAGUCUUGGUCAAGGAAAGGAGGUGCAUGAUCGAUUAAGGAAACACCUAGAAGGUGACAGUUGGAAAUCAAAGGUGGAAGCUUUGUCUCUCAUUGGUUGCCUACAGAUUAUGACAGCCCAGCUGUUUCCAGGAUUCCUGCAGUGUUUUACUAACGACUUUGCUGCAGUUCGCAGACAGGCCUGUCGCACUUCAGGUGUACUUCACAUUAAAGAUGAGAUGGUCAUGGAACACCUCUACCACAUAAUUCAGUAUGAUCCAAUAUGGAAAAUCCAAGCACAGGCAAUCAGAGCUCUAGGACAAAUAGGACAUAUUACAUCUCAGGUGACAGAACUCCUCCUGUGGGCCAUGAAGCUGGAGGAGCCAGGUAUCCGAAUAGAGGUUUAUAACUGCAUCGCUACGUUGCAGCUUUGUGACUCUGAAGUUCAGUAUGCUCUGCAGGACAGGCUGACACUGGAAUCCCAUGGGAUGGCCAAUAGGGAGCUGAAAAAGACUCUGGAUGCUUUAAACAUGAAGCAAAGUGAGAACCAAGAGAUGCUGUUAAUGAUCAAGCAGCAAAUGUCCAAGCUGUGCCAGAAAGAAGUGCUAUUUCCUAAGAUUCUGAAGUUGGAUGAGGAUUUGGAGGCAGGACAUCAAGAAAUAGAACUGCUGUUGCAGAAGACUCCCGACUGGAGAAAUAAAAUAAUGGAACCUUUGUUUUUCUGCGAUCUUGUUGACAAAGCAUUCUCAGGCAAAGGGUAUUCAUCAGCAACCUCUGGAUUAGAGAUGAAGAGUACAGACUCAGAACUACAGGCACUAAUGGAAAAUGAUUCAAGAUCAAUAUCUCAUCAAAGUGAAAGUUCACAGACAAAUAUGUCCAAAUCAUCCAGUGCUGCAGGAGGAAAGACACGGCACAAUAAUGCUUUGGCUCAAGAGAGCAACCCAGAGAAUGAAUACACUGCUCUCUAACCCUCUAAAAAGGAGUGAC